AUGGACAUCAAUUCAUUGCUUUCUCCGGACUCGAAUCCGAAGCCUGGGAACUCGACGCCCGUGCCCGGUCCUACGUCGAACAACGCACCGACCCCGGCUGCAGGGCCAUCCCCCCACAAGGCAGUUCAGCGGGCGCGUUCAGGUCCUGGCCGCAAAAACAAGACAUCUUCGCCUCUUGCGCAGCAAGUCUAUGCUCCCACGGGGAUACCUGAAUCAUCGCCCCCCGUUACUAGCCCCGGUGUUGGUCCCAGUGUCAGUGCUACCGGGAAUGGAACUUCUCCUGUGACGGAGCGGCCGCCAUCGAGACAGCCCUCCACGGGAAUGGAUACGCUGGCAGACCUGGCCUCAAUGCAGCACCACCAACCUCCUCCCCCGCCACCACCUCAACAACAGCAGCAGCAGCCGCAACAACAACAGCAGCAGCAACAACAACAACAGCAAAAGCAUCAACACGCGCAGCAUCCCCAGCGCACGGCGCGCCAGAACGCACCUAACAUGUUGAGAAAUGCCGAGUUCCACCAGAGCCAACUCUCUCCAUCCACCAUCCACCCUCACGUGAACCAAAUCAACCACAACACUCCCACCCCUCGCACAUCGUUCGAUUUGGCCAUGGCGGAAGGUCCACGGGAAUCCGCGCAAAGGAACUACGUCCAAACAUCUUUGGAGCCCGAAGCGCAGCUGUUGGCAACCGAGUUGUUCAAUAAAAUUCAAGAGAAUCCCCACACCUACGAGGCGCAUGUUCAAUUUAUUGGAUUGCUGCAUGCAGGCUUUGUGAACCACGUCUAUCCACCCAAUAAUCCCGAUAUCCACGGCGACCCACGUCGGUAUGAUCUCCUCAAGGAUUUGAGGACCGCACGUGAGGAGAUGGAUAAGCUUUUUGCCAUGGGUGAGGAUCUUUGGGCAGAGUGGAUUCAAGAUGAGAGCAUGCUUGCGCAUACGGUGAUGGAGCGCACCUCUGUAAUGGAGCUGUGUCAGCGAUCGGUCGAGGAAGAGUUUGGCUGCACUAAGCUUUGGCACAUCUAUGGCGAAUGGGUGCUCUAUUUGUACAAUGCAACAGCCGGCGAACACGGAGCUGGCCAGUGGACCGAAGAAGACCGGAUGAUCGGCCGCGAAGUGUUCACUUGGCAGACCGUCUUGGACGUGUGGCAGCGAGCCGCGGAAGCGACGCAGUGGCGUAUUAAUAACAGCCAUCUCGUUUGGGAUCGAUUCCUGGAGCUUUUGACUCAGGAUCUAAGCCGAGGACCAUCUCAAGAAAAGAUCAACCACCUCCGCGGUCUCUAUGAGGUGCGGCUACAGACUCCUCAUGCUACCUGGGACCAGACCUUCCAAUCAUUCUCCAGUUUCAUUUCUUCUUACUUUGAAUCCAACUAUGAGGAGAUCAUGUCGGAGACCGUUGCCCAAGCGUCGGCUGCAAAGAACUUCUAUGCCGCGCGAGAAGAGUUUGAGCACCGACUGACCAAGGCCCAGGAUUCUGGUGACAAGUCUGUUGAGUGGAACCUGUACAGAGAAUAUAUUGAUUGGGAACUCUGCCGCAACCGCCGAAGACGAGAAUUCCACUUUGAGCUCGUCAAUGCUGUUUACCAGCGGGCUGUUUUGCGUUUCCCUACGGACGUCUCGUUGUGGGAGGACUAUGUCAUGUUCCUCAUUGCUGAAUCCAUGCAUGGCCAUGCUUCUACGACGACAAUUUCAACCUUGGACCGUGCGACUCGCCACUGCCCUUGGUCCGGUAAUCUCUGGUCCCAGUACCUGAUGAGUUCUGAGCGAGAAGGCCAGUCUUUCUCCAAGAUCUCCGGUAUUAAGCACAGAGCUACCAGUACGGGUUUGCUAGACGCAGGUGGCAUGGAAGAGGUGCUGAAAGUUCACACGACCUGGUGCAGCUAUCUCCGACGACGAGCCUUCCUUUCCGAUGCCACCGACGAGGACUUGGAUGUGGCCGAGGUGGGUAUUCGAUCCGCAAUUGAAAGCGUGCAGGAAUUGGGCGAGAAGAAGUAUGGUCGGUCGUACCAGGGAGACCCUCACUUCCGCCUGGAGCGUAUCUAUAUCCGCUACCUCAGUGAAAGUGGCAGUUGGGACAGUGCGCGGGAGACUUUCAAGGGCCUCGUUCCUCGUCGUGGUGAUAGCUACGAGUUCUGGCUCACCUAUUACAACUGGGAACUUGUCUGCUGGAGCAAGUUCGUUCAGGGUGAGGCCACUGUGGAUGCUGCCCGGCGCACUCCCAAUCCUAGCUUUGCAACGGCGGUCCUCAAACAGGCAAUCAAGCGGGAGGACCUUGACUGGCCUGAGAAGCUCGUGCAGACCUACAUCGCCCACUGCGAGGAUUAUGAGGAUGCAGAUGAGUUGCAGCUUGCCGUGAUCGAGACUCGCAAAGCUGUCCGAGCCGUUACGGCUCGAAGAGAGCGAGAGGCGCGCGAAGCUGCCGCCGCACAGCAGCAGCAACAGGAGCAGCAGCAACAGCAGUGGGAAGCCGCAGCCGAAGCUGCUUCUACGUCGGAGAAGCGAAAGCGCGAAGACGAGAAGGAUGCAAAUGGGCAGCCCACUAGCAAGAAAGUGCGCGCUGAAGAAGAGGUGGCCCAGGAACAGGAGGCUGCCGAGACUCAGCCUCCUGCCCGCGACCGUGAGCAUGCUACUGUCGUGGUCAAGAAUCUCCCUCGGGAGACUACUGAGCACAAUGUUCGGCAGUUCUUCCGCCACAUUGGCACGAUCAACGGGGUCAAGAUGCUUCCCGGGCAGGACGGAAAUUCUGAAGUUGCGGUUAUUGAGUUUGAGACCAAGGAUGAAGCCCUGGCUGCUCUGACGCGUGACCAGAAGAUCUUCAAUGAAAACACUAUUGAAGUGACGCUGGAGUCUGAAUCGACCUUGUGGGUCACGAAUUUCCCCCCUACCGCAGACGAGGAGUACAUCCGCAACCUCUUCAGCAAGUACGGCCACAUCGUCGACAUUCGCUUCCCAUCGCUCAAGUUCCAAACCAAUCGUCGGUUCUGCUAUGUGCAGUUUGCUGCUGCUAGUGCAGCACACCAAGCUACGGAGCUUAGUGGAACCGAAGUAGAGAAAGGCUACAAGGUUGUUGCAAAGAUCUCUGACCCAUCCCAGAAGGAAAAGCGUAGUGGAGCAAUGCACGAAGGUCGUGAACUUUUCUGCAAAAGCUUUGACUGGAAGCUCAAGGAGAGCGAUGCUCGAGAUGCAUUUUCCAAGUUCGGCACCAUUGAAAAUCUUCACCUCCCACUCAACGCCGACGGUUCCCACCGAGGGUACUUUUUCGUGGCCUAUUCUUCUAAGGAAGAAGCAGAGGCAGCCCUCGCAAUGGACAAACAAACCCUCGGAAGACGCCAGCUAGCUGUGAGCUUGAGCGGCAACACUGGCGCUAAGCGUAUCGCUAGUACCAUCAUCUCUCAGAUUGCCUCAUCGGCAUCACCGCCAGCCGAGGCCAAUGGCAACACCGGAGGUGUGGUUGAAACCGUCGGUGGCCGAUCGGAACGUACCCUCGCCUUGAUGAAUGUGCCCGAUACUGUUAAUGACGCUCGCGUCCGCGCUUUGGUUGAGCCGUUUGGGCGACUGGUCAAGAUUGUCCUUAGACCGGAUCACCAGGGUGCCAUCGUCGAAUACGUUGAUGUCCAUGAUGCCGGCAAGGCCUCUUUAGCACUCGAAGGCAAGGAGAUUGCUCCCGGACGCCCGCUUCACAUCGGCAGUGUCGAUGAGAUGAAGCAACUGCAGGCGGAGAAGAAGACGGACCGCAUCACCUCGAUCAAGCAGGAGAAGCCGAAACCCUCGCUCCAACCUGCGGGUCCUAUCAAGCGCCCUCAGCAGCCAGGUGCCCGUGGCGGCCGUCGAGGUGGCCUGGGUUUAAAGCGGGCUCCCGUUGCACCCCAAAAUUCCACUGCCUCCGGUGCAGCUUCGGAAAAGGACAAGAUGGACACCACCGCUGACAGCAAGGCCGGCGAGAGUGUCCCGUCCAAAAAGAGCAAUGAUGAUUUCCGCGCGAUGCUGGGACAGAAGCGCACGGAGUGA